AUGCCCCGAGGAAAGAACUACGUCAAUCAAGGCCGAGGCGUGGCCUUGCAAGCCGACAAGAACAAAUCCCCCUCGAUGCAGCAGUGCUUUUACGGAUCCGGUUGCAACCGAAAGGAUUGCAUCUACCGUCACGAAGGAGUCGCGAACGGUAGUACUGGACCAACGCAACCUAGCAACGAGCCUUGCAUGGCGUUCCUGGCCGGUAUCUGUACGUUUUCUGGACAAGGCUGUCGCAAACGUCACCCCAACCCGACCGAGACGACCAAGCUCGUCGCCAAGUUCUCACAGAUGCGCUGUCGGCACGGGAAUCACUGCAAAACCAAGGGAUGUCUUUACGUACACCUUAGCGCCGACCAACCGAAUCCGGUAGAACCCUCGCAUCUGUCCUUUCCUCCCCUUUCCAACCAUCCCACGCCCUCGCCUCUCGCGAUUCCCGGAUCGGCUUGGCGGCAGGCAGCGCCUACACUCGCUUCCACCACCGAUAGUAGAAUCCCAUCCAACGGUGCUACGUCGACACCGAGAAGAUCCCUUCCCCACGCCACUACCACGGCUGCAGCUGCAGCGACACCCACCUCACCACGAACUACGAACGCUUCCAAGACAACUACGAUCUCGACAGCCACCACAACUACUGCUAAUCCUCCUCCCGUCAAACCCGUCGCAGCCUGGACUGCGGGACACCGUCCGAAUUUGGCUGGAAUCAACGGCAACACGAACGGAAGCAACGGCAUUCACCCCACAACCCGACUAACGGCUCCCGCCAAUAGCGCCACCAAGGCCGCCGUAACACCUGCGCCUGUCAACGGCAACCGUAACGGUGUCACCCAACACACUUCCACCAGAACUACCACCACUGCUGCUGCCCACAACAAUGGUGUCCGCGCCAAUUCCAGCAACACCUCACCCACUGGCAGUGCAUCGACGAUGCUCAACAUUCACGCCAAGGAAUUCGUUCCCUUUUCUCAGUAG